CUUAAGAAUCAAAUCAAAUAAUGAAAAAGAGAAGCAUAGAGAGAGAAAACAGCUUUGUAUGGUUGGUGAAGGCUCCUUUUCGUUUGUUGAUCAUGGCACGUGACGCAUACAUACGAAGCAUUACGUCAUGUUCCGGCGCCGGAAUCCUUACAGGCGGUGAAUCCUCUGGUUUUGGUCAGAUUGCCGGAAACUUUCAAAUCUGCGAUCCUCCUAGCACGUCUCUUCCCCGAAGCUUUACCUUGACCUCCACGGCACAUGAUCAAGGGUGUCUGACACGUGGCGGACAAUCUCUAGAGACGAUGAGACAAUCGGCACCGUUGGAUCGCCGGAGGAACUAUAGAUGUGUUGGAGUGAUGGGACGAAUCGACGAGGAGGUUUCUUGUGAUGAUGAGUUUGAAGAAGAAGACUCUUUUCUUGAUUUUUCACAAAUCACACAGAAAGAUCAUCUGUUGACCAAGAAAUAGAUCAUCUGAAAGAUUAAUAUUUUAUGGUUGCUAAUUUCGAAAUUUGGAUCUACCAGUGUUGAAUGUUGAUGUGUAA